AUGCCACAGUUGUAUAGUUCAGCAGCAUUCUUCACAAAGCCAGCAGCAGCACAGAGCAAAGAGGCAUCCCUCAAUGAAGCCCCUAUCUCCUUUCUUCUUUGUACUAAUGAACAGCUUUCUUUUUGUGGGGGGAUCCUGGUCAGUUGGGGAACCUGGUGGAGGCUGGUUUCUCUGAAUCUCUGGUUUCUGCAUUUUGAAGAAUGAAAAAAGUGAGUUGUGUAAAGGUGGCUGGUUUGCACUUGUAUCAAUCAAGGUAUGUGUAUGU